GGCCACACAUAAUUAAAAGUCCAACAUUGUUACUUAAAAGAAACCCUAAUUUUCAUUUUCCUUGUUGCAGCCGCUCUCCCAGCUUCUUUUUUCAUGUGAAUCUCCCAGCUUCUUUUUUCCUUUUUCACAAUUGCUACUGGUUUAUCCAUUUUUCUGCAUCUUCUCAACUACUCCGCCAUUCUAACAUCUUCAAGUUUAUAUUUUUUUUCUUCUUCUGUGCGAUACUGCGAUUACGAUCUCCAUCUACUCUUAUUUUCAAAAUUCAUUCUUCCAUCUUCAAGUUUCUAUUUUUGCUUCUUAUCUGUGAUACUGCGAUUUGGAUCUUUGUUAUGCUUCUUUUUGUUAAAAAAAAAGAAAAUAUUAAUAAUAACAAAACGACGUCGUUUUGGCCGGAAAAAAACGCGUGUAAUCAAACCGACGGUUCUGGUAAACCGCCGGUUCACCGGUUUUUCCGGUUUUUCCGAUUUUUUCCGAUUCCCGCCGGUCCAACUGCUUGUCCGAUCCAACGUAUGAACCAGACCGGACAGCCUCCGGUUCCCGGUUCGACCGGUUCGACCGGCCGGUCCGGUCCGGUUUUUAAAACACUGCAUCCAUCUCUUGUAUUAUUUCAUGGGUUAUGCUGACAGAUGGGCGUUAUGCUAACGGGUGCCUUCGGGACACUGGUUAAGAAAAUAAAAAAAAAAAUCUUAAAUUAAAAAUAAUAUUUUUUAGGUUUUUAAGGCGUUGAUUGUACAAAGUUUAAUGUCAUAUUACUAUAUUUAUUUUCUUAAACAGUGCCCCGACAUUUUUCUUAUUUCAUUUAUUAUUAUUGCAUACAGCGGAUCGCAAAAAAUAAUAGUUUGUUCAAAUUCUAUUACGUUAUAGUAUAAUAGAGUCGUUAAUAAUUUUAAUUUGAGGACUCUAUUUGACAACAUUUUACACUAAAUAGUGUAUUACAAAACAACAAUAAUUUAUAUAAAUACAUUUACCAUAUAGAAUUACUAUAGUCACUAUUUGACAACAUUGAAUUCCAUAGACAAAACCACUUCUUAUGUUUUUUGGACCUUACCUUAAGUUCAAUAUGUCUAAAAAAAUAAUAUAAGGACAUCUUAAAUCACAUGGUGACAUAUCUCACAUGGCUUAUCUAGAAAGUAUAGUUCAAUCAUCAUUCUUUAAUAUAGUCAAAAUAUUAAUAUCAACUCAGCCACAUUCAAUUAAUUUAAACAAAAAUUCAGUGUCACAAGAUGCAAAAAGAUCAUAUAUAAAUUGAGAAUACAAUAAGUGGUGACAAAGUUAAGAAAAAAAGUUGAAACUCAUAAUGGAUCCAAAUGAUAAUAGCUCUUGUGAAUCUUCUUUUUGCAAAGAUGAAAAAGUUGAAGCAAUGAAUCUUCUUGAAGAGUGUUGGUUCUUUGAUAACUUGUUAAAUAUAAGACCUAAAAUGUUAAGGUCUCAUUCUGAUCCUUAUCCUUCAAUGAGCUCAGAUUUUUUGGUGAAGGAUUCUAAUGUAUCAACAAAUUCAUCACCAAGUAAAAAAUCUAACAAUAGUAGUUUUGUUCAUUCUAAGAAGAUUCAAAGAACACCAUCAUUGCCACCAAUUAGAGUGAGAAAAGAAGAAGAUUGUGAUGAUAAAAAAGGAAGCAACUCAAGCAAAUUGGUGCAUCAACCAUUAGAUUAUGUUGUGUUUCAAGCAAGUAGUUGUAAACCUCAUUGUGCACAAAUGAAAGGACAUCAUCAUGGAAAUAGAAGGAAAAGCAAAUUGCUAAGAACACCAUCUUUGCCUCCAUCAAUAGGGAGAGAAGAAAAGUUUCAAGAAAUUGAUCCUAGAAUUGGAAGAUCCUGCAAACAACCAUCAACACCUAGCAAUAUUGACAAAUUGCCACCAAGAUUAACCUCUAAGAGUUGUAGCAUUCCAAGAAGUAGAGCAGCUAGAAACAUUGAAGUUGAAAGCUUAAACAAAGAAGGUAUCAUGGAAAUGAGGAGAAAGGUACUAAAUCAAAAAACAAUAAGGAGAAGCCUAAGUGAUCUUGAAUAUGAAGAAGUACAAGGGUUCAAGGAUUUAGGAUUCUCAUUUGAGAAAGAAGCAUUAAGUCCAAGUUUAGCUAACAUAAUUCCUGGUUUGCAAGAGAAAAAUAGAGAUGAAAGUGAGGAAGAUAAAGCAGCUAGAGGACCUUAUUUAUCAGAAUCAUGGUUAGUGCAAAGUUGUGCAACUCCUCUUGUUCCAAAUUGGAGCAAUAAUAUUUCUGCUGAUGAUAUGAAAAAGCAUAUUAAGUUUUGGGCUAGAGCUGUGGCUUCAACUAAAUGUUGAAUAUUGAUCAUAAAUUACACACUUCAUAUAUCAAUUCUUUUGUAACAAUUUCCUAAGAACAGUCAAAAUAAUAAUGAUAGUAAUUAUAAUUCUUCCUAUUUAUUUUUUAAUCGUAU